UCGAGCUGAGGCCCUGGACCAGAAGCAGGAAUGGAGCCCAACAAGCAGACCCAGCACGGCUCCGGCGAGCAGGAGGAGGCGGGGGACGGCGGACCGGUGCUCAACGGGCACGUCGACGGGCUGGGGAAGCGGCCGGCCCCCGGUGGCACCGCGCGCUCCUCCGGCGGUGCGAAGGCUCCGGGCGCGGAGAGCUGGCGGGAGGAGCGCACCCGCAGCGUGGAGGACAACGAGACGAGUCUCCCGGCCCUGGCCGCCGCCUACACCACCAUCCUGCGGGGGCUGGGCGAGGACCCGCAGCGCCAGGGGCUCCUGAAGACCCCCUGGAGAGCCGCCACCGCCAUGCAGUUCUUCACCAAGGGCUACCAGGAGAAAAUUAUAGACGUGCUGAACGACGCCAUCUUCGACGAAGACCACGACGAGAUGGUGAUCGUCAAAGACAUCGACAUGUUCUCCAUGUGUGAGCAUCACCUGGUGCCCAUCUUCGGCAGGGUUCACAUCGGCUACCUCCCCAACAAGAGAGUCCUCGGCCUCAGCAAGCUGGCCAGGAUUGUUGAAAUCUACAGUCGGCGACUACAAGUUCAGGAGAGGUUGACCAAACAGAUCGCCGUGGCAAUCACCGAGGCCCUGCAGCCGACCGGGGUCGGCGUCGUCAUCGAGGCAACUCACAUGUGCAUGGUGAUGCGCGGCGUUCAGAAGAUGAACAGUAAAACCGUCACCAGCACCAUGUUGGGAGUUUUCAGAGAAGAUCCAAAAACCAGAGACGAGUUUCUGACGCUGAUCCGGAGCUGAGGAGGAUGAAGCUCCUCCUCCUCCUCUUCCUCCUCCUGUUGCCUGGGUUACCUCCACCUGCACGGACCAGCCAUCCUGCUAAAUGUGUGUGUGUGUUUGUAUGUAUGUAUGUAUACAGUGCCUUGCAUAAGUAUUCACCCCCUUUGGACUUUUCUACAUUUUGUCAUGGUAUAACCACAGAUUCAAAUUUAUUUCAUCGUGAGUUUAUGUAAUGGACCAACACAAAAUAGUGCAUCAUUUGGAAGUGGGGGGAAAUAUUACAUGGAUUUCACAAUUAUUUACAAAUAAAAAUCUGAAAAGUGUUGAGUGCAUAUGUAUUCACCCCCUUUACUGUGAAACCCCUAACAAAGAUCUGGUGCGACCAAUUGCAUUCACAAGUCACAUUUGCAAGUCACAUAAUUAGUAAAUAGGGUCCACCUGUCUGCAAUUUAAUCUCAGUAUAAAUACACCUGUUCUGUGACGGACUCAGAGUUUGUUGGAGAUCAUUACUGAACAAACAGCAUCAUGAAGACCAAGGAGCUCACCAAACAGGUCAGGGAUAAAGUUGUGGAGAAAUAUGAAGCAGGGUUAGGUUAUAAAAAAAGAUCCAGAGCUUUGAACAUCUCUCUGAGCACCAUAAAAUCCAUCAUAAGAAAAUGGAAAGAAUAUGGCACAACCGCAAACCUACCAAGAGGAGGCCGUCCACCCAAACUGAAGAGUCGGACAAGGAGAAAAUGAAUCAGAGAAGCAACCAGGAGGCCCAUGGCUACUCUGGAGGAGUUGCAGAGAUCCACAGCUGAGGUGGGAGAAUCUGUCCACAGGACAACUAUUAGUCGUCUACUCCACAAAUCUGGCCUUUAUGGAAGAGUGGCAAGAAGAAAGCCAUUGUUGAAAGGGAUCCAUAAAAAAUCCCGUUUGGAGUUUGCCAGAAGCCAUGUGGGAGACACAGCAAACAUGUGGAAGAAGGUGCUCUGGUCAGAUGAGACCAAAAUUGAACUUUUUGGCCUCAAUGCAAAACGCUAUGUGUGGCGAAAACCCAACACUGCCCAUCACCCUGAGCACACCAUCCCAACAGUGAAACAUGGUGGUGGUAGCAUCAUGCUGUGGGGAUGCUUCUCUUCAGCAGGUACAGGGAAACUGGUCAGAAUAGAGGGAAAGAUGGAUGGAGCCAAAUACAGGGAAAUCCUUGAAGAAAAUCUGAUGCAGUCUGCAAAAGACUUGAGACUGGGGCGGAGGUUCAUCUUCCAGCAGGACAAUGACCCUAAACAUACAGCCAGAGCUACAAAGGAAUGGUUUGGAUUAAAGAAUGUUAAUGUCUUAAAAUGGCCCAGUCAAAGCCCAGACCUCAAUCCAAUAGAGAAUCUAUGGCAAGACUUGAAGAUUGCGAUUCACAGACGGUCUCCAUCCAAUCUGACUGAGCUUCAUCUUUUUUGCCAAGAAGAAUGGACAAACCUUUCCAUCUCUAGAUGUGCAAAGCUGGUAGAGACAUACCCCAAAAGACUUGCAGCUGUAAUUGCAGCGAAAGGGGGUUCUACCAAGUAUUGACACAGGGGGGUGAAUACUUAUGCACCCAACAGAUGUCAACUUUUUUGUUCUCAUUAUUGUUUGUGUCACAAUAAAAUUUAUUUUGCACCUCCAAAGUACUAUGCAUGUUUUGUUGAUCAAACGGGAAAAAGUUUAUUUAAGUCUAUUUGAAUUCCAGUUAGUAAAAGUACAUAAUGGGAAAAAGUCCAAGGGGGUGAAUACUUAUGCAAGGCACUGUAUGUGUGUGUGUGUGUGUGUGUGUCCACUGGUUUUACACGGUCAGAUCUGGUCAAACGAUUCUGGACAGUUUGUCUGAGGUUGAGGACUUGUUGUUUACUUUCAGGCCCCAGGACUUUAGCCCUUUUGUCCAUGUGUGUCGUGUUUGUGGGUUUGUGUGUGUGUCUGUGUGCGUCAAUCAGUUAUCAACCUUGUAACAAACCAAGCAGAAAAAUCCACCAUGAAGGUCACAUCAGGUCAGGGAUGCUGGUCAGUUUGUGUAAAGACUAAAUCGCCUCUGAGAUUAUUUUUUCAUUUACAGCAAACUGCAGCAAACACACAUUAAAAUGAGCUUUUGUUUAAAUGCACAUGAACUUAAAAAAAUCUAAAAUCAACAAAUAAUUCAUCGGCUUAAUGAUUUGUUUUGUUUCAAAUUCAAAGUCUUUCAGUUUUCCGACAUUUAACAGAUCAAAUGACAAAUCGCCUCGUUGAACAGAAAGAACUUAAAGAUGAGUCAAUGAUUUUAACCGUUAACAUCGGGGAUUUGUUUCAGAAACGCGUCCAGACAGUCAUCAAUUAAUAAAGUUUUGUCGAAAAAACGUAGACGACUAAACGACUUGUUUAGAUCGUAAACAAAGAUGGACGACGCGUCUCCACUUCCUCAAGAAAUGAAGCCAAAACAUAUCGGAAGAUGAAUGUCGCCAUUUUGCAGCGAUGACGUCACUUGCAGUCGGAGUCGGUGCAUUUGUGAUCGUGAGAGUGGAGCCGUGGUAACGAUGCCCCGUCCAUACAUGCUCUUAACCAAUCAGGAGUCAGCCUCAGCUGUCAAUCAUGACGUCUCAGCCGGUUUUUCGAUAAACUUUUAUUGGACUUUUUAGUUGGGUCCCAUCUGCGAACAUGGAGGAGACAGUGUUUAUGAGCUGUGCUGCGGCCGACCACCAGGGGGUGACCUUUUGGGAGCAGUCAUGUCGUCCAUCUUGAUUUUCAGUCUGUGGUUAAACGUCAGUUGAUCUAAAACUCGAAGUUUAUCUCAAAAUUAAAAUAUUUUAACAUCACAGAAUGUUUGUUGGAAAAUGAGUUAAAAGCAGCUUCAUCUGAAAACGACACCAGAUGUUUGUGUUGUGAUGAUGAAACAUGUUGAUGUCAUCAUCUCCGUCCUGUGUGAAGAUCUUUGUCAUCCAGAUUCCACGAGAGGGAAAUGAAAAGUGUAAAAUUAAAAUUAAAUUGUGUGUUUGUUUCUUCUUUCCAGUUGUCGUCCCAGCAGAGGAACAAUGUGGAAAUGUGUGUGUGUUUUUGUGCUUUUUUUAAUCUCAAUGUCCCCACACAGAUUUUGGGAGGUUUUAACUGGAGUGUGUGUGUGUGUGUUUGUUUGUGUGUCUGAGGUAAGAUGUUGUUGUGUCCGUGGCCUUGUUGUGAAGGUCGGCCUGUUUCUUUGGCCCCUUCACCAUCAUUGUCACUUUAUGUACUGUGUUGAUUUCAAAGACUUUUUAAUCAAAGAAAAUAAAUUUACUGUCUGUGA